AUAAGCGAAACCGUAUCAUUCCAAGACGAAUAUUUUUUAACUGACGAAAUUCGAAAGUCUCAUAAUAUAACACAAGUAGGCUUAUAUGUUCAAGAGACAGCAGAAAAACAGAUGCUUCAUCCUUCAGCUGCUAUUUGUCUCCAAAAAAUGAAUGCUGAUGCUGUUGACGAUGCUUCUGCUCAGUUUCACCUCCUGGGACGUCGACCCAUUAGAGAUCUCAGAAUAUUACACUCGAGGCAACAAGAUGCAGAUCACAAGAUAAAGGUUCUUCCAAAAGAGACAGCAAAAGUUACAAUCCAACCUGACUCCUUGCGAAAUGAGUCUGCAAGUGUUGACGAUGAGCGAGAGCUUGUUUACCACAUUGAUUAUCAUGGGGUAACAACUCACCCAAAUCCAACCCCAAAGCAUCCAAGACCAUAGGCUAUUAUAUACAGGCCAUGCUCUAGGUGGUAUAUUACUAUAGUAGUCCACUCUUACUCUGUCCGCUUUUAUAUGGGCAGGAAACUCUCUAUCAAAUAGUGGACAAGAUAAGAGCAAUUACUACAUGUGAAAUGGCUUUGAUAUCAUUCAAAAACUGUUACAUAUAUGUCAAAUUGUCGAUAUAGAAACUCUAUCAAUACAA